UUAGAGGAAAACCCAGUGCUCAUGUCUCUUUUCAGCAUGGACACCAACCACCCCAGAACCUACAACCACAACGGAACCGCCCCCUCCCAGCCAAGAGUCCUGCCUGGUGUCGGGUGACCCGCAUUAUUACACCUUUGACAAGCAGACUCACCACUUCAUGGGCAACUGCACCUAUACUCUCUCCCGGCUGUGCGAGCGGAACAGCUCUCGACUGCCCUAUUUCAACGUGGAAGCGAGCAACGAGCACAGAGGGGGCAACACGCACGUCUCCUACGUGGAGAGCGUGGACGUUGAUGUCUUUGGCAUCCGGGUCACCCUGGGAAAGGGAGGAAGAGUGAAGGUGGGCGGGCAGCCAGUCGUCGUCCCCUCCACCCCAACACGGGGCGUGGAGAUCUUACCCAGCGGCUCCUACACGGUGGUUUCUACGGAAUUUGGGUUGAGAGUCAAGUUUGACGGAGACCACCAAGUGGAAGUGUCGCUCCCCAGCACGUAUGAGGGCGAGGUCUGCGGCAUGUGUGGCAACUACAACGGGGAUCCUUCCGACGAUUUCCUCAACCCCCGUGGGGAACCAGAGCCUGACUCCACCAGCCUGGGCAACAGCUGGCAGGUGGCCAACCUCACCAGUUGCUCCUCAGGCUCCGCUCCUGUCUGCACGGAGGCCGAGAAAGACACAGCCGAGAGCAGCGGUUUCUGCGGACGGCUGACGGACACGAGCGGGCCGUUCAGACACUGCCAUAGCGCCUUGGACCCGACGGGGCAUUUUGCCAGCUGCCUUUAUGAUCAGUGCGCCUUGCACUUAGAUCCAGGCUCCCUCUGCAGGAGCUUGCAGUCCUACGCAGACGCCUGCCAGUCCCUGGGAAUUCCCAUAGAGCCCUGGAGGAACUCGACCUUUUGUCCCAUCCGAUGCGCGCUCCACAGCCACUAUGAGCCAUGCGCCAACGCCUGUCCAUCCACUUGCGUGAACCCAAGCGCUCCGGCCACCUGCAAUUGGCCAUGCACGGAAGCCUGCGUCUGCGACCCUGGGUUCUUCCUCAACGAUGGCACCUGUGUGCCCAGCCAGCAGUGUGGGUGCUGGCACCAGGGUAAGCAUUAUCCCGUGGGCUCCAGCUUUUGGACCGACGACACCUGCUCCACCAGAUGCACGUGCCCCAGUCGAGGUGGCCAGCUGAGCUGCUCCGGCGCUUCCUGCCCAAAAGAUCAUUACUGCGGAGUCCAAAACGGCGUCCCAGAGUGCUACCUUCAUACCUAUGGGGUCUGCCGCGUCCACAACGACCCUCAUUACAACACCUUUGACAAAAUGACCCACCACUUCAUGGGCAGCUGCACCUACACCCUGGUCAAGGUCUGCACCAAUGAGACCGGGCUGCCCUACUUUAACGUCGAGGCCAAGAACGAGCAUCGCGGGAAUCCCUCCGUGUCCUACGUUCAGCGGGUCCUGGUGGAGGUUUACGGGCAGCGGAUUGAAAUUCUCAAAGGACACAAGGGUCAAGUGCUGGUGAACAAAGUGCUUACCAGCCUUUCUGUGCGCAAGCUGAACGACUCGGUGAAAGUGGGCGUAAAUGGACGCUACGUGACCCUAGAAACCGAUUUCGGGCUGACGGUCUCUUACGACACAGAUCACUCGGUGGAAAUCAGGGUCCCCACCACCUUCUUCAACAAGACCUGCGGCAUGUGCGGGAACUUCAACAGCCGCAGGCAGGAUGACUACAUGAUGCCCAACGGAGAGCAAGCCGAGGAUUCCAAUCAGCUGGGAAAGAGCUGGCAAGUUCCCAAUGCGGAGUACGACCCCCCCAAUUGCAGGGACACACCACCGCCACCCCCUUGUCCCCCUGAGCUGAGAAAUCUCUAUGGGACAGAGGCCUACUGCGGACAACUUACCAGUAGCCAGGGACCGUUGGCAGCCUGCCACUCCGCAAUCAACCCCGAGAGCUUCUUCACCAGUUGCGUCUUUGACCUGUGUGCCUUGAAUGGGUCCCCGGAGGCCUUGUGUGGUGCUCUGGAGGCUUAUGCUGACGCCUGCCAGAGAGCUGGCUUGCAUCUUCCCAACUGGCGGAAUGCCACUUCCUGCAUGAUCCCUUGCGAUGCUCAUAGCCAUUACAACGUGUGCACCACUUCCUGCCCCGCCACCUGUUCCAGCCCACUGGCUCCAGGGAACUGCAGCAAGCCUUGCGUGGAGGGCUGCGAAUGCGACGAGGGUUUUGUCCUCAGCGAAGCACGGUGUGUGCCGCGGGAGGACUGCGGCUGCCUGGAUGGAGACCAAUAUUACGAGAAAGGAGAGACGUUCUGGCAGUCGGAUUGUCUCGGCCGAUGUCGCUGUGCAGAAAAUGGCAGCUUGGACUGUAAGCCGGACAGUUGCAAACCAGGCCAAGUCUGUAAAGUGCAGCAUGGCAUCCUGGGCUGCUACCCUGCAGACAAGGCCACCUGCCACAUCUACGGAGACCCCCACUAUGUCACCUUCGACGGCCGACUCUACCAUUUCCAGGGUGGGUGCAAUUACACUGCAGUCGAAAUCUGCAGCAACUCCUCCGAGCGCUUCUCGGUGACGACUCGGAACGAACAUCGCGGGAGCCCGCACUGGACGGCUCUCAACUCGGUGGCCAUCUCGUUGAGAAACAUACACUUGGCUCUGAGGAAGAACAAGGAGGUCUACGUGAAUGGAGCCAAAGUUGAUCUUCCUCUGAAGCUACACCCAGAGCUUCGGGUGGAGGAGCAGCCUCCAUAUGUGGUUGUCGACAGCCCCCUUGGCUUUCUGGUGAAGUUUGAUGGAGAUCAGGAGCUGUUCAUCCAAGUGGACGAGAGAUACCAGGGACACCUAUGUGGGCUGUGUGGCACGUACUCGGGCAGCCAGCUGGAUGAUUUCCAACGGCCAGAUGGGAUCCUGGAUCACGAUCCCAACAAAUUUGGCAACAGCUGGAGAGUGGCAGAUGGCCAGUGGAGUUGUCUCCCAGAACCACCACCCCCACCCCACUGCGACCCUGCGCAAGAGGCAGCUUUCGAAGAUCUGUGCAGAGUGGUUCUGUCCACAAACGGGCCUUUUGCGGACUGCCAUUGGAGCAUCCCUCCUCAGCUGUACUUCGAGAGCUGCGUGUAUGACCAGUGUGCCACCGGGGGACAUACAGGGCAGUUGUGCAAAAGUCUGGAAGCAUAUGCCGCCGCCUGCGAAGGGAACGGCGUAGACCUCGGCGACUGGAGAAAGGAUACGGCUUGCGCAUGGAUUACUACCACCCCUGGAGAUUCUACCACCAGCCCGACCCCUCCCACACCAGAUCCGGUAGCGCGCUGCAACUUCUCCUGCUCCUUCGAGGAGGACUUCUGCUCCUGGACCCAAUCGUCCACUGACAGCUUUGACUGGAGACGGCACAAAGGCCCAACAUCCUCGCCGGACACAGGACCCUCGUACGACCACACCACUGGAGGGGGCUAUUUCAUUUACCUGGAUGGAAGCGAUGCCAACCCUGGUGAUGUGGCACACUUGAUUAGCCCUACAUGCAACCCUCAGAGGCCCCUGUGCUUCCGCUUCUGGUAUCACAUGUAUGGCGUAGCCCGCACGAUGGCGCUGCGCUUUUAUGUCAGCUUGGAUGAUGGACCACGUUUUCUGGUCUGGUCUGAAACGGGGAACAAGGGCAGCCGGUGGCAGGCAGCAGAAUUCAGCGUGGUUCACAAAGGAAGGGUGAAGGUGGGCGGGCAGCCAGUCGUCGUCCCCUCCACCCCAACACGGGGCGUGGAGAUCUUACCCAGCGGCUCCUACACGGUGGUUUCUACGGAAUUUGGGUUGAGAGUCAAGUUUGACGGAGACCACCAAGUGGAAGUGUCGCUCCCCAGCACGUAUGAGGGCGAGGUCUGCGGCAUGUGUGGCAACUACAACGGGGAUCCUUCCGACGAUUUCCUCAACCCCCGUGGGGAACCAGAGCCUGACUCCACCAGCCUGGGCAACAGCUGGCAGGUGGCCAACCUCACCAGUUGCUCCUCAGGCUCCGCUCCUGUCUGCACGGAGGCCGAGAAAGACACAGCCGAGAGCAGCGGUUUCUGCGGACGGCUGACGGACACGAGCGGGCCGUUCAGACACUGCCAUAGCGCCUUGGACCCGACGGGGCAUUUUGCCAGCUGCCUUUAUGAUCAGUGCGCCUUGCACUUAGAUCCAGGCUCCCUCUGCAGGAGCUUGCAGUCCUACGCAGACGCCUGCCAGUCCCUGGGAAUUCCCAUAGAGCCCUGGAGGAACUCGACCUUUUGUCCCAUCCGAUGCGCGCUCCACAGCCACUAUGAGCCAUGCGCCAACGCCUGUCCAUCCACUUGCGUGAACCCAAGCGCUCCGGCCACCUGCAAUUGGCCAUGCACGGAAGCCUGCGUCUGCGACCCUGGGUUCUUCCUCAACGAUGGCACCUGUGUGCCCAGCCAGCAGUGUGGGUGCUGGCACCAGGGUAAGCAUUAUCCCGUGGGCUCCAGCUUUUGGACCGACGACACCUGCUCCACCAGAUGCACGUGCCCCAGUCGAGGUGGCCAGCUGAGCUGCUCCGGCGCUUCCUGCCCAAAAGAUCAUUACUGCGGAGUCCAAAACGGCGUCCCAGAGUGCUACCUUCAUACCUAUGGGGUCUGCCGCGUCCACAACGACCCUCAUUACAACACCUUUGACAAAAUGACCCACCACUUCAUGGGCAGCUGCACCUACACCCUGGUCAAGGUCUGCACCAAUGAGACCGGGCUGCCCUACUUUAACGUCGAGGCCAAGAACGAGCAUCGCGGGAAUCCCUCCGUGUCCUACGUUCAGCGGGUCCUGGUGGAGGUUUACGGGCAGCGGAUUGAAAUUCUCAAAGGACACAAGGGUCAAGUGCUGGUGAACAAAGUGCUUACCAGCCUUUCUGUGCGCAAGCUGAACGACUCGGUGAAAGUGGGCGUAAAUGGACGCUACGUGACCCUAGAAACCGAUUUCGGGCUGACGGUCUCUUACGACACAGAUCACUCGGUGGAAAUCAGGGUCCCCACCACCUUCUUCAACAAGACCUGCGGCAUGUGCGGGAACUUCAACAGCCGCAGGCAGGAUGACUACAUGAUGCCCAACGGAGAGCAAGCCGAGGAUUCCAAUCAGCUGGGAAAGAGCUGGCAAGUUCCCAAUGCGGAGUACGACCCCCCCAAUUGCAGGGACACACCACCGCCACCCCCUUGUCCCCCUGAGCUGAGAAAUCUCUAUGGGACAGAGGCCUACUGCGGACAACUUACCAGUAGCCAGGGACCGUUGGCAGCCUGCCACUCCGCAAUCAACCCCGAGAGCUUCUUCACCAGUUGCGUCUUUGACCUGUGUGCCUUGAAUGGGUCCCCGGAGGCCUUGUGUGGUGCUCUGGAGGCUUAUGCUGACGCCUGCCAGAGAGCUGGCUUGCAUCUUCCCAACUGGCGGAAUGCCACUUCCUGCAUGAUCCCUUGCGAUGCUCAUAGCCAUUACAACGUGUGCACCACUUCCUGCCCCGCCACCUGUUCCAGCCCACUGGCUCCAGGGAACUGCAGCAAGCCUUGCGUGGAGGGCUGCGAAUGCGACGAGGGUUUUGUCCUCAGCGAAGCACGGUGUGUGCCGCGGGAGGACUGCGGCUGCCUGGAUGGAGACCAAUAUUACGAGAAAGGAGAGACGUUCUGGCAGUCGGAUUGUCUCGGCCGAUGUCGCUGUGCAGAAAAUGGCAGCUUGGACUGUAAGCCGGACAGUUGCAAACCAGGCCAAGUCUGUAAAGUGCAGCAUGGCAUCCUGGGCUGCUACCCUGCAGACAAGGCCACCUGCCACAUCUACGGAGACCCCCACUAUGUCACCUUCGAUGGCCGACUCUACCAUUUCCAGGGUGGGUGCAAUUACACUGCAGUCGAAAUCUGCAGCAACUCCUCCGAGCGCUUCUCGGUGACGACUCGGAACGAACAUCGCGGGAGCCCGCACUGGACGGCUCUCAACUCGGUGGCCAUCUCGUUGAGAAACAUACACUUGGCUCUGAGGAAGAACAAGGAGGUCUACGUGAAUGGAGCCAAAGUUGAUCUUCCUCUGAAGCUACACCCAGAGCUUCGGGUGGAGGAGCAGCCUCCAUAUGUGGUUGUCGACAGCCCCCUUGGCUUUCUGGUGAAGUUUGAUGGAGAUCAGGAGCUGUUCAUCCAAGUGGACGAGAGAUACCAGGGACACCUAUGUGGGCUGUGUGGCACGUACUCGGGCAGCCAGCUGGAUGAUUUCCAACGGCCAGAUGGGAUCCUGGAUCACGAUCCCAACAAAUUUGGCAACAGCUGGAGAGUGGCAGAUGGCCAGUGGAGUUGUCUCCCAGAACCACCACCCCCACCCCACUGCGACCCUGCGCAAGAGGCAGCUUUCGAAGAUCUGUGCAGAGUGGUUCUGUCCACAAACGGGCCUUUUGCGGACUGCCAUUGGAGCAUCCCUCCUCAGCUGUACUUCGAGAGCUGCGUGUAUGACCAGUGUGCCACCGGGGGACAUACAGGGCAGUUGUGCAAAAGUCUGGAAGCAUAUGCCGCCGCCUGCGAAGGGAACGGCGUAGACCUCGGCGACUGGAGAAAGGAUACGGCUUGCGCAUGGAUUACUACCACCCCUGGAGAUUCUACCACCAGCCCGACCCCUCCCACACCAGAUCCGGUAGCGCGCUGCAACUUCUCCUGCUCCUUCGAGGAGGACUUCUGCUCCUGGACCCAAUCGUCCACUGACAGCUUUGACUGGAGACGGCACAAAGGCCCAACAUCCUCGCCGGACACAGGACCCUCGUACGACCACACCACUGGAGGGGGCUAUUUCAUUUACCUGGAUGGAAGCGAUGCCAACCCUGGUGAUGUGGCACACUUGAUUAGCCCUACAUGCAACCCUCAGAGGCCCCUGUGCUUCCGCUUCUGGUAUCACAUGUAUGGCGUAGCCCGCACGAUGGCGCUGCGCUUUUAUGUCAGCUUGGAUGAUGGACCACGUUUUCUGGUCUGGUCUGAAACGGGGAACAAGGGCAGCCGGUGGCAGGCAGCAGAAUUCAGCGUGGUUCACAAAGGAAGGGUGAAGGUGGGCGGGCAGCCAGUCGUCGUCCCCUCCACCCCAACACGGGGCGUGGAGAUCUUACCCAGCGGCUCCUACACGGUGGUUUCUACGGAAUUUGGGUUGAGAGUCAAGUUUGACGGAGACCACCAAGUGGAAGUGUCGCUCCCCAGCACGUAUGAGGGCGAGGUCUGCGGCAUGUGUGGCAACUACAACGGGGAUCCUUCCGACGAUUUCCUCAACCCCCGUGGGGAACCAGAGCCUGACUCCACCAGCCUGGGCAACAGCUGGCAGGUGGCCAACCUCACCAGUUGCUCCUCAGGCUCCGCUCCUGUCUGCACGGAGGCCGAGAAAGACACAGCCGAGAGCAGCGGUUUCUGCGGACGGCUGACGGACACGAGCGGGCCGUUCAGACACUGCCAUAGCGCCUUGGACCCGACGGGGCAUUUUGCCAGCUGCCUUUAUGAUCAGUGCGCCUUGCACUUAGAUCCAGGCUCCCUCUGCAGGAGCUUGCAGUCCUACGCAGACGCCUGCCAGUCCCUGGGAAUUCCCAUAGAGCCCUGGAGGAACUCGACCUUUUGUCCCAUCCGAUGCGCGCUCCACAGCCACUAUGAGCCAUGCGCCAACGCCUGUCCAUCCACUUGCGUGAACCCAAGCGCUCCGGCCACCUGCAAUUGGCCAUGCACGGAAGCCUGCGUCUGCGACCCUGGGUUCUUCCUCAACGAUGGCACCUGUGUGCCCAGCCAGCAGUGUGGGUGCUGGCACCAGGGUAAGCAUUAUCCCGUGGGCUCCAGCUUUUGGACCGACGACACCUGCUCCACCAGAUGCACGUGCCCCAGUCGAGGUGGCCAGCUGAGCUGCUCCGGCGCUUCCUGCCCAAAAGAUCAUUACUGCGGAGUCCAAAACGGCGUCCCAGAGUGCUACCUUCAUACCUAUGGGGUCUGCCGCGUCCACAACGACCCUCAUUACAACACCUUUGACAAAAUGACCCACCACUUCAUGGGCAGCUGCACCUACACCCUGGUCAAGGUCUGCACCAAUGAGACCGGGCUGCCCUACUUUAACGUCGAGGCCAAGAAUGAGCAUCGCGGGAAUCCCUCCGUGUCCUACGUUCAGCGGGUCCUGGUGGAGGUUUACGGGCAGCGGAUUGAAAUUCUCAAAGGACACAAGGGUCAAGUGCUGGUGAACAAAGUGCUUACCAGCCUUUCUGUGCGCAAGCUGAACGACUCGGUGAAAGUGGGCGUAAAUGGACGCUACGUGACCCUAGAAACCGAUUUCGGGCUGACGGUCUCUUACGACACAGAUCACUCGGUGGAAAUCAGGGUCCCCACCACCUUCUUCAACAAGACCUGCGGCAUGUGCGGGAACUUCAACAGCCGCAGGCAGGAUGACUACAUGAUGCCCAACGGAGAGCAAGCCGAGGAUUCCAAUCAGCUGGGAAAGAGCUGGCAAGUUCCCAAUGCGGAGUACGACCCCCCCAAUUGCAGGGACACACCACCGCCACCCCCUUGUCCCCCUGAGCUGAGAAAUCUCUAUGGGACAGAGGCCUACUGCGGACAACUUACCAGUAGCCAGGGACCGUUGGCAGCCUGCCACUCCGCAAUCAACCCCGAGAGCUUCUUCACCAGUUGCGUCUUUGACCUGUGUGCCUUGAAUGGGUCCCCGGAGGCCUUGUGUGGUGCUCUGGAGGCUUAUGCUGACGCCUGCCAGAGAGCUGGCUUGCAUCUUCCCAACUGGCGGAAUGCCACUUCCUGCAUGAUCCCUUGCGAUGCUCAUAGCCAUUACAACGUGUGCACCACUUCCUGCCCCGCCACCUGUUCCAGCCCACUGGCUCCAGGGAACUGCAGCAAGCCUUGCGUGGAGGGCUGCGAAUGCGACGAGGGUUUUGUCCUCAGCGAAGCACGGUGUGUGCCGCGGGAGGACUGCGGCUGCCUGGAUGGAGACCAAUAUUACGAGAAAGGAGAGACGUUCUGGCAGUCGGAUUGUCUCGGCCGAUGUCGCUGUGCAGAAAAUGGCAGCUUGGACUGUAAGCCGGACAGUUGCAAACCAGGCCAAGUCUGUAAAGUGCAGCAUGGCAUCCUGGGCUGCUACCCUGCAGACAAGGCCACCUGCCACAUCUACGGAGACCCCCACUAUGUCACCUUCGACGGCCGACUCUACCAUUUCCAGGGUGGGUGCAAUUACACUGCAGUCGAAAUCUGCAGCAACUCCUCCGAGCGCUUCUCGGUGACGACUCGGAACGAACAUCGCGGGAGCCCGCACUGGACGGCUCUCAACUCGGUGGCCAUCUCGUUGAGAAACAUACACUUGGCUCUGAGGAAGAACAAGGAGGUCUACGUGAAUGGAGCCAAAGUUGAUCUUCCUCUGAAGCUACACCCAGAGCUUCGGGUGGAGGAGCAGCCUCCAUAUGUGGUUGUCGACAGCCCCCUUGGCUUUCUGGUGAAGUUUGAUGGAGAUCAGGAGCUGUUCAUCCAAGUGGACGAGAGAUACCAGGGACACCUAUGUGGGCUGUGUGGCACGUACUCGGGCAGCCAGCUGGAUGAUUUCCAACGGCCAGAUGGGAUCCUGGAUCACGAUCCCAACAAAUUUGGCAACAGCUGGAGAGUGGCAGAUGGCCAGUGGAGUUGUCUCCCAGAACCACCACCCCCACCCCACUGCGACCCUGCGCAAGAGGCAGCUUUCGAAGAUCUGUGCAGAGUGGUUCUGUCCACAAACGGGCCUUUUGCGGACUGCCAUUGGAGCAUCCCUCCUCAGCUGUACUUCGAGAGCUGCGUGUAUGACCAGUGUGCCACCGGGGGACAUACAGGGCAGUUGUGCAAAAGUCUGGAAGCAUAUGCCGCCGCCUGCGAAGGGAACGGCGUAGACCUCGGCGACUGGAGAAAGGAUACGGCUUGCGCAUGGAUUACUACCACCCCUGGAGAUUCUACCACCAGCCCGACCCCUCCCACACCAGAUCCGGUAGCGCGCUGCAACUUCUCCUGCUCCUUCGAGGAGGACUUCUGCUCCUGGACCCAAUCGUCCACUGACAGCUUUGACUGGAGACGGCACAAAGGCCCAACAUCCUCGCCGGACACAGGACCCUCGUACGACCACACCACUGGAGGGGGCUAUUUCAUUUACCUGGAUGGAAGCGAUGCCAACCCUGGUGAUGUGGCACACUUGAUUAGCCCUACAUGCAACCCUCAGAGGCCCCUGUGCUUCCGCUUCUGGUAUCACAUGUAUGGCGUAGCCCGCACGAUGGCGCUGCGCUUUUAUGUCAGCUUGGAUGAUGGACCACGUUUUCUGGUCUGGUCUGAAACGGGGAACAAGGGCAGCCGGUGGCAGGCAGCAGAAUUCAGCGUGGUUCACAAAGGAAGGGUGAAGGUGGGCGGGCAGCCAGUCGUCGUCCCCUCCACCCCAACACGGGGCGUGGAGAUCUUACCCAGCGGCUCCUACACGGUGGUUUCUACGGAAUUUGGGUUGAGAGUCAAGUUUGACGGAGACCACCAAGUGGAAGUGUCGCUCCCCAGCACGUAUGAGGGCGAGGUCUGCGGCAUGUGUGGCAACUACAACGGGGAUCCUUCCGACGAUUCCCUCAACCCCCGUGGGGAACCAGAGCCUGACUCCACCAGCCUGGGCAACAGCUGGCAGGUGGCCAACCUCACCAGUUGCUCCUCAGGCUCCGCUCCUGUCUGCACGGAGGCCGAGAAAGACACAGCCGAGAGCAGCGGUUUCUGCGGACGGCUGACGGACACGAGCGGGCCGUUCAGACACUGCCAUAGCGCCUUGGACCCGACGGGGCAUUUUGCCAGCUGCCUUUAUGAUCAGUGCGCCUUGCACUUAGAUCCAGGCUCCCUCUGCAGGAGCUUGCAGUCCUACGCAGACGCCUGCCAGUCCCUGGGAAUUCCCAUAGAGCCCUGGAGGAACUCGACCUUUUGUCCCAUCCGAUGCGCGCUCCACAGCCACUAUGAGCCAUGCGCCAACGCCUGUCCAUCCACUUGCGUGAACCCAAGCGCUCCGGCCACCUGCAAUUGGCCAUGCACGGAAGCCUGCGUCUGCGACCCUGGGUUCUUCCUCAACGAUGGCACCUGUGUGCCCAGCCAGCAGUGUGGGUGCUGGCACCAGGGUAAGCAUUAUCCCGUGGGCUCCAGCUUUUGGACCGACGACACCUGCUCCACCAGAUGCACGUGCCCCAGUCGAGGUGGCCAGCUGAGCUGCUCCGGCGCUUCCUGCCCAAAAGAUCAUUACUGCGGAGUCCAAAACGGCGUCCCAGAGUGCUACCUUCAUACCUAUGGGGUCUGCCGCGUCCACAACGACCCUCAUUACAACACCUUUGACAAAAUGACCCACCACUUCAUGGGCAGCUGCACCUACACCCUGGUCAAGGUCUGCACCAAUGAGACCGGGCUGCCCUACUUUAACGUCGAGGCCAAGAACGAGCAUCGCGGGAAUCCCUCCGUGUCCUACGUUCAGCGGGUCCUGGUGGAGGUUUACGGGCAGCGGAUUGAAAUUCUCAAAGGACACAAGGGUCAAGUGCUGGUGAACAAAGUGCUUACCAGCCUUUCUGUGCGCAAGCUGAACGACUCGGUGAAAGUGGGCGUAAAUGGACGCUACGUGACCCUAGAAACCGAUUUCGGGCUGACGGUCUCUUACGACACAGAUCACUCGGUGGAAAUCAGGGUCCCCACCACCUUCUUCAACAAGACCUGCGGCAUGUGCGGGAACUUCAACAGCCGCAGGCAGGAUGACUACAUGAUGCCCAACGGAGAGCAAGCCGAGGAUUCCAAUCAGCUGGGAAAGAGCUGGCAAGUUCCCAAUGCGGAGUACGACCCCCCCAAUUGCAGGGACACACCACCGCCACCCCCUUGUCCCCCUGAGCUGAGAAAUCUCUAUGGGACAGAGGCCUACUGCGGACAACUUACCAGUAGCCAGGGACCGUUGGCAGCCUGCCACUCCGCAAUCAACCCCGAGAGCUUCUUCACCAGUUGCGUCUUUGACCUGUGUGCCUUGAAUGGGUCCCCGGAGGCCUUGUGUGGUGCUCUGGAGGCUUAUGCUGACGCCUGCCAGAGAGCUGGCUUGCAUCUUCCCAACUGGCGGAAUGCCACUUCCUGCAUGAUCCCUUGCGAUGCUCAUAGCCAUUACAACGUGUGCACCACUUCCUGCCCCGCCACCUGUUCCAGCCCACUGGCUCCAGGGAACUGCAGCAAGCCUUGCGUGGAGGGCUGCGAAUGCGACGAGGGUUUUGUCCUCAGCGAAGCACGGUGUGUGCCGCGGGAGGACUGCGGCUGCCUGGAUGGAGACCAAUAUUACGAGAAAGGAGAGACGUUCUGGCAGUCGGAUUGUCUCGGCCGAUGUCGCUGUGCAGAAAAUGGCAGCUUGGACUGUAAGCCGGACAGGUGCAAACCAGGCCAAGUCUGUAAAGUGCAGCAUGGCAUCCUGGGCUGCUACCCUGCAGACAAGGCCACCUGCCACAUCUACGGAGACCCCCACUAUGUCACCUUCGAUGGCCGACUCUACCAUUUCCAGGGUGGGUGCAAUUACACUGCAGUCGAAAUCUGCAGCAACUCCUCCGAGCGCUUCUCGGUGACGACUCGGAACGAACAUCGCGGGAGCCCGCACUGGACGGCUCUCAACUCGGUGGCCAUCUCGUUGAGAAACAUACACUUGGCUCUGAGGAAGAACAAGGAGGUCUACGUGAAUGGAGCCAAAGUUGAUCUUCCUCUGAAGCUACACCCAGAGCUUCGGGUGGAGGAGCAGCCUCCAUAUGUGGUUGUCGACAGCCCCCUUGGCUUUCUGGUGAAGUUUGAUGGAGAUCAGGAGCUGUUCAUCCAAGUGGACGAGAGAUACCAGGGACACCUAUGUGGGCUGUGUGGCACGUACUCGGGCAGCCAGCUGGAUGAUUUCCAACGGCCAGAUGGGAUCCUGGAUCACGAUCCCAACAAAUUUGGCAACAGCUGGAGAGUGGCAGAUGGCCAGUGGAGUUGUCUCCCAGAACCACCACCCCCACCCCACUGCGACCCUGCGCAAGAGGCAGCUUUCGAAGGUCUGUGCAGAGUGGUUCUGUCCACAAACGGGCCUUUUGCGGACUGCCAUUGGAGCAUCCCUCCUCAGCUGUACUUCGAGAGCUGCGUGUAUGACCAGUGUGCCACCGGGGGACAUACAGGGCAGUUGUGCAAAAGUCUGGAAGCAUAUGCCGCCGCCUGCGAAGGGAACGGCGUAGACCUCGGCGACUGGAGAAAGGAUACGGCUUGCGCAUGGAUUACUACCACCCCUGGAGAUUCUACCACCAGCCCGACCCCUCCCACACCAGGUGAGUCUCCUCAAAGCCAGGACAGAUCCGUUCUCCAGUUUUCCUCUUCCCUCUUUCCCAGAAUGAUGGUCCUCCUGUGCUUUGAGCUUGCCACCGAUUCGUGUUGGCUAAGGAGAGAGAAGUGCGGGGGACUGAGGAGCUUAGCUGUGGUUUGUGGGUCCAUGGGGCUCUUCUCCCUAAUUGCUGAUCCCACACACUCAGAAGCACUUUGUCUUUGUGGAGAGAUUGCUGUGGAGCUCCGGAGAGUUCUCGCCAAUGAGCGCGGGUCCUUGUGCGGAGCUGCCAAAACGAACCACCUCAUUUUGGCAGCUUUUUUUGCUUCACUCUCAAGGAAAACCCAGUGCUCAUGUCUCUUUUCAGCAUGGACACCAACCACCCCAGAACCUACAACCACAACGGAACCGCCCCCUCCCAGCCAAGAGUCCUGCCUGGUGUCGGGUGACCCGCAUUAUUACACCUUUGACAAGCAGACUCACCACUUCAUGGGCAACUGCACCUAUACUCUCUCCCGGCUGUGCGAGCGGAACAGCUCUCGACUGCCCUAUUUCAACGUGGAAGCGAGCAACGAGCACAGAGGGGGCAACACGCACGUCUCCUACGUGGAGAGCGUGGACGUUGAUGUCUUUGGCAUCCGGGUCACCCUGGGAAAGGGAGGAAGAGUGAAGGUGGGCGGGCAGCCAGUCGUCGUCCCCUCCACCCCAACACGGGGCGUGGAGAUCUUACCCAGCGGCUCCUACACGGUGGUUUCUACGGAAUUUGGGUUGAGAGUCAAGUUUGACGGAGACCACCAAGUGGAAGUGUCGCUCCCCAGCACGUAUGAGGGCGAGGUCUGCGGCAUGUGUGGCAACUACAACGGGGAUCCUUCCGACGAUUUCCUCAACCCCCGUGGGGAACCAGAGCCUGACUCCACCAGCCUGGGCAACAGCUGGCAGGUGGCCAACCUCACCAGUUGCUCCUCAGGCUCCGCUCCUGUCUGCACGGAGGCCGAGAAAGACACAGCCGAGAGCAGCGGUUUCUGCGGACGGCUGACGGACACGAGCGGGCCGUUCAGACACUGCCAUAGCGCCUUGGACCCGACGGGGCAUUUUGCCAGCUGCCUUUAUGAUCAGUGCGCCUUGCACUUAGAUCCAGGCUCCCUCUGCAGGAGCUUGCAGUCCUACGCAGACGCCUGCCAGUCCCUGGGAAUUCCCAUAGAGCCCUGGAGGAACUCGACCUUUUGUCCCAUCCGAUGCGCGCUCCACAGCCACUAUGAGCCAUGCGCCAACGCCUGUCCAUCCACUUGCGUGAACCCAAGCGCUCCGGCCACCUGCAAUUGGCCGUGCACGGAAGCCUGCGUCUGCGACCCUGGGUUCUUCCUCAACGAUGGCACCUGUGUGCCCAGCCAGCAGUGUGGGUGCUGGCACCAGGGUAAGCAUUAUCCCGUGGGCUCCAGCUUUUGGACCGACGACACCUGCUCCACCAGAUGCACGUGCCCCAGUCGAGGUGGCCAGCUGAGCUGCUCCGGCGCUUCCUGCCCAAAAGAUCAUUACUGCGGAGUCCAAAACGGCGUCCCAGAGUGCUACCUUCAUACCUAUGGGGUCUGCCGCGUCCACAACGACCCUCAUUACAACACCUUUGACAAAAUGACCCACCACUUCAUGGGCAGCUGCACCUACACCCUGGUCAAGGUCUGCACCAAUGAGACCGGGCUGCCCUACUUUAACGUCGAGGCCAAGAACGAGCAUCGCGGGAAUCCCUCCGUGUCCUACGUUCAGCGGGUCCUGGUGGAGGUUUACGGGCAGCGGAUUGAAAUUCUCAAAGGACACAAGGGUCAAGUGCUGGUGAACAAAGUGCUUACCAGCCUUUCUGUGCGCAAGCUGAACGACUCGGUGAAAGUGGGCGUAAAUGGACGCUACGUGACCCUAGAAACCGAUUUCGGGCUGACGGUCUCUUACGACACAGAUCACUCGGUGGAAAUCAGGGUCCCCACCACCUUCUUCAACAAGACCUGCGGCAUGUGCGGGAACUUCAACAGCCGCAGGCAGGAUGACUACAUGAUGCCCAACGGAGAGCAAGCCGAGGAUUCCAAUCAGCUGGGAAAGAGCUGGCAAGUUCCCAAUGCGGAGUACGACCCCCCCAAUUGCAGGGACACACCACCGCCACCCCCUUGUCCCCCUGAGCUGAGAAAUCUCUAUGGGACAGAGGCCUACUGCGGACAACUUACCAGUAGCCAGGGACCGUUGGCAGCCUGCCACUCCGCAAUCAACCCCGAGAGCUUCUUCACCAGUUGCGUCUUUGACCUGUGUGCCUUGAAUGGGUCCCCGGAGGCCUUGUGUGGUGCUCUGGAGGCUUAUGCUGACGCCUGCCAGAGAGCUGGCUUGCAUCUUCCCAACUGGCGGAAUGCCACUUCCUGCAUGAUCCCUUGCGAUGCUCAUAGCCAUUACAACGUGUGCACCACUUCCUGCCCCGCCACCUGUUCCAGCCCACUGGCUCCAGGGAACUGCAGCAAGCCUUGCGUGGAGGGCUGCGAAUGCGACGAGGGUUUUGUCCUCAGCGAAGCACGGUGUGUGCCGCGGGAGGACUGCGGCUGCCUGGAUGGAGACCAAUAUUACGAGAAAGGAGAGACGUUCUGGCAGUCGGAUUGUCUCGGCCGAUGUCGCUGUGCAGAAAAUGGCAGCUUGGACUGUAAGCCGGACAGGUGCAAACCAGGCCAAGUCUGUAAAGUGCAGCAUGGCAUCCUGGGCUGCUACCCUGCAGACAAGGCCACCUGCCACAUCUACGGAGACCCCCACUAUGUCACCUUCGAUGGCCGACUCUACCAUUUCCAGGGUGGGUGCAAUUACACUGCAGUCGAAAUCUGCAGCAACUCCUCCGAGCGCUUCUCGGUGACGACUCGGAACGAACAUCGCGGGAGCCCGCACUGGACGGCUCUCAACUCGGUGGCCAUCUCGUUGAGAAACAUACACUUGGCUCUGAGGAAGAACAAGGAGGUCUACGUGAAUGGAGCCAAAGUUGAUCUUCCUCUGAAGCUACACCCAGAGCUUCGGGUGGAGGAGCAGCCUCCAUAUGUGGUUGUCGACAGCCCCCUUGGCUUUCUGGUGAAGUUUGAUGGAGAUCAGGAGCUGUUCAUCCAAGUGGACGAGAGAUACCAGGGACACCUAUGUGGGCUGUGUGGCACGUACUCGGGCAGCCAGCUGGAUGAUUUCCAACGGCCAGAUGGGAUCCUGGAUCACGAUCCCAACAAAUUUGGCAACAGCUGGAGAGUGGCAGAUGGCCAGUGGAGUUGUCUCCCAGAACCACCACCCCCACCCCACUGCGACCCUGCGCAAGAGGCAGCUUUCGAAGGUCUGUGCAGAGUGGUUCUGUCCACAAACGGGCCUUUUGCGGACUGCCAUUGGAGCAUCCCUCCUCAGCUGUACUUCGAGAGCUGCGUGUAUGACCAGUGUGCCACCGGGGGACAUACAGGGCAGUUGUGCAAAAGUCUGGAAGCAUAUGCUGCCGCCUGCGAAGGGAACGGCGUAGACCUCGGCGACUGGAGAAAGGAUACGGCUUGCGCAUGGAUUACUACCACCCCUGGAGAUUCUACCACCAGCCCGACCCCUCCCACACCAGAUCCGGUAGCGCGCUGCAACUUCUCCUGCUCCUUCGAGGAGGACUUCUGCUCCUGGACCCAAUCGUCCACUGACAGCUUUGACUGGAGACGGCACAAAGGCCCAACAUCCUCGCCGGACACAGGACCCUCGUACGACCACACCACUGGAGGGGGCUAUUUCAUUUACCUGGAUGGAAGCGAUGCCAACCCUGGUGAUGUGGCACACUUGAUUAGCCCUACAUGCAACCCUCAGAGGCCCCUGUGCUUCCGCUUCUGGUAUCACAUGUAUGGCGUAGCCCGCACGAUGGCGCUGCGCUUUUAUGUCAGCUUGGAUGAUGGACCACGUUUUCUGGUCUGGUCUGAAACGGGGAACAAGGGCAGCCGGUGGCAGGCAGCAGAAUUCAGCGUGGUUCACAAAGGAAGGGUGAAGGUAAGGCUGAGGGUGGCACCUCUGUCACCAAACAUCUGGCCGAUAUCAUGGAAUCCUAGGAAAACCCAGUGCUCAUGUCUCUUUUCAGCAUGGACACCAACCACCCCAGAACCUACAACCACAACGGAACCGCCCCCUCCCAGCCAAGAGUCCUGCCUGGUGUCGGGUGACCCACAUUAUUACACCUUUGACAAGCAGACUCACCACUUCAUGGGCAACUGCACCUAUACUCUCUCCCGGCUGUGCGAGCGGAACAGCUCUCGACUGCCCUAUUUCAACGUGGAAGCGAGCAACGAGCACAGAGGGGGCAACACGCACGUCUCCUACGUGGAGAGCGUGGACGUUGAUGUCUUUGGCAUCCGGGUCACCCUGGGAAAGGGAGGAAGAGUGAAGGUGGGCGGGCAGCCAGUCGUCGUCCCCUCCACCCCAACACGGGGCGUGGAGAUCUUACCCAGCGGCUCCUACACGGUGGUUUCUACGGAAUUUGGGUUGAGAGUCAAGUUUGACGGAGACCACCAAGUGGAAGUGUCGCUCCCCAGCACGUAUGAGGGCGAGGUCUGCGGCAUGUGUGGCAACUACAACGGGGAUCCUUCCGACGAUUCCCUCAACCCCCGUGGGGAACCAGAGCCUGACUCCACCAGCCUGGGCAACAGCUGGCAGGUGGCCAACCUCACCAGUUGCUCCUCAGGCUCCGCUCCUGUCUGCACGGAGGCCGAGAAAGACACAGCCGAGAGCAGCGGUUUCUGCGGACGGCUGACGGACACGAGCGGGCCGUUCAGACACUGCCAUAGCGCCUUGGACCCGACGGGGCAUUUUGCCAGCUGCCUUUAUGAUCAGUGCGCCUUGCACUUAGAUCCAGGCUCCCUCUGCAGGAGCUUGCAGUCCUACGCAGACGCCUGCCAGUCCCUGGGAAUUCCCAUAGAGCCCUGGAGGAACUCGACCUUUUGUCCCAUCCGAUGCGCGCUCCACAGCCACUAUGAGCCAUGCGCCAACGCCUGUCCAUCCACUUGCGUGAACCCAAGCGCUCCGGCCACCUGCAAUUGGCCAUGCACGGAAGCCUGCGUCUGCGACCCUGGGUUCUUCCUCAACGAUGGCACCUGUGUGCCCAGCCAGCAGUGUGGGUGCUGGCACCAGGGUAAGCAUUAUCCCGUGGGCUCCAGCUUUUGGACCGACGACACCUGCUCCACCAGAUGCACGUGCCCCAGUCGAGGUGGCCAGCUGAGCUGCUCCGGCGCUUCCUGCCCAAAAGAUCAUUACUGCGGAGUCCAAAACGGCGUCCCAGAGUGCUACCUUCAUACCUAUGGGGUCUGCCGCGUCCACAACGACCCUCAUUACAACACCUUUGACAAAAUGACCCACCACUUCAUGGGCAGCUGCACCUACACCCUGGUCAAGGUCUGCACCAAUGAGACCGGGCUGCCCUACUUUAACGUCGAGGCCAAGAACGAGCAUCGCGGGAAUCCCUCCGUGUCCUACGUUCAGCGGGUCCUGGUGGAGGUUUACGGGCAGCGGAUUGAAAUUCUCAAAGGACACAAGGGUCAAGUGCUGGUGAACAAAGUGCUUACCAGCCUUUCUGUGCGCAAGCUGAACGACUCGGUGAAAGUGGGCGUAAAUGGACGCUACGUGACCCUAGAAACCGAUUUCGGGCUGACGGUCUCUUACGACACAGAUCACUCGGUGGAAAUCAGGGUCCCCACCACCUUCUUCAACAAGACCUGCGGCAUGUGCGGGAACUUCAACAGCCGCAGGCAGGAUGACUACAUGAUGCCCAACGGAGAGCAAGCCGAGGAUUCCAAUCAGCUGGGAAAGAGCUGGCAAGUUCCCAAUGCGGAGUACGACCCCCCCAAUUGCAGGGACACACCACCGCCACCCCCUUGUCCCCCUGAGCUGAGAAAUCUCUAUGGGACAGAGGCCUACUGCGGACAACUUACCAGUAGCCAGGGACCGUUGGCAGCCUGCCACUCCGCAAUCAACCCCGAGAGCUUCUUCACCAGUUGCGUCUUUGACCUGUGUGCCUUGAAUGGGUCCCCGGAGGCCUUGUGUGGUGCUCUGGAGGCUUAUGCUGACGCCUGCCAGAGAGCUGGCUUGCAUCUUCCCAACUGGCGGAAUGCCACUUCCUGCAUGAUCCCUUGCGAUGCUCAUAGCCAUUACAACGUGUGCACCACUUCCUGCCCCGCCACCUGUUCCAGCCCACUGGCUCCAGGGAACUGCAGCAAGCCUUGCGUGGAGGGCUGCGAAUGCGACGAGGGUUUUGUCCUCAGCGAAGCACGGUGUGUGCCGCGGGAGGACUGCGGCUGCCUGGAUGGAGACCAAUAUUACGAGAAAGGAGAGACGUUCUGGCAGUCGGAUUGUCUCGGCCGAUGUCGCUGUGCAGAAAAUGGCAGCUUGGACUGUAAGCCGGACAGGUGCAAACCAGGCCAAGUCUGUAAAGUGCAGCAUGGCAUCCUGGGCUGCUACCCUGCAGACAAGGCCACCUGCCACAUCUACGGAGACCCCCACUAUGUCACCUUCGAUGGCCGACUCUACCAUUUCCAGGGUGGGUGCAAUUACACUGCAGUCGAAAUCUGCAGCAACUCCUCCGAGCGCUUCUCGGUGACGACUCGGAACGAACAUCGCGGGAGCCCGCACUGGACGGCUCUCAACUCGGUGGCCAUCUCGUUGAGAAACAUACACUUGGCUCUGAGGAAGAACAAGGAGGUCUACGUGAAUGGAGCCAAAGUUGAUCUUCCUCUGAAGCUACACCCAGAGCUUCGGGUGGAGGAGCAGCCUCCAUAUGUGGUUGUCGACAGCCCCCUUGGCUUUCUGGUGAAGUUUGAUGGAGAUCAGGAGCUGUUCAUCCAAGUGGACGAGAGAUACCAGGGACACCUAUGUGGGCUGUGUGGCACGUACUCGGGCAGCCAGCUGGAUGAUUUCCAACGGCCAGAUGGGAUCCUGGAUCACGAUCCCAACAAAUUUGGCAACAGCUGGAGAGUGGCAGAUGGCCAGUGGAGUUGUCUCCCAGAACCACCACCCCCACCCCACUGCGACCCUGCGCAAGAGGCAGCUUUCGAAGGUCUGUGCAGAGUGGUUCUGUCCACAAACGGGCCUUUUGCGGACUGCCAUUGGAGCAUCCCUCCUCAGCUGUACUUCGAGAGCUGCGUGUAUGACCAGUGUGCCACCGGGGGACAUACAGGGCAGUUGUGCAAAAGUCUGGAAGCAUAUGCCGCCGCCUGCGAAGGGAACGGCGUAGACCUCGGCGACUGGAGAAAGGAUACGGCUUGCGCAUGGAUUACUACCACCCCUGGAGAUUCUACCACCAGCCCGACCCCUCCCACACCAGGUGAGUCUCCUCAAAGCCAGGACAGAUCCGUUCUCCAGUUUUCCUCUUCCCUCUUUCCCAGAAUGAUGGUCCUCCUGUGCUUUGAGCUUGCCACCGAUUCGUGUUGGCUAAGGAGAGAGAAGUGCGGGGGACUGAGGAGCUUAGCUGUGGUUUGUGGGUCCAUGGGGCUCUUCUCCCUAAUUGCUGAUCCCACACACUCAGAAGCACUUUGUCUUUGUGGAGAGAUUGCUGUGGAGCUCCGGAGAGUUCUCGCCAAUGAGCGCGGGUCCUUGUGCGGAGCUGCCAAAACGAACCACCUCAUUUUGGCAGCUUUUUUUGCUUCACUCUCAAGGAAAACCCAGUGCUCAUGUCUCUUUUCAGCAUGGACACCAACCACCCCAGAACCUACAACCACAACGGAACCGCCCCCUCCCAGCCAAGAGUCCUGCCUGGUGUCGGGUGACCCGCAUUAUUACACCUUUGACAAGCAGACUCACCACUUCAUGGGCAACUGCACCUAUACUCUCUCCCGGCUGUGCGAGCGGAACAGCUCUCGACUGCCCUAUUUCAACGUGGAAGCGAGCAACGAGCACAGAGGGGGCAACACGCACGUCUCCUACGUGGAGAGCGUGGACGUUGAUGUCUUUGGCAUCCGGGUCACCCUGGGAAAGGGAGGAAGAGUGAAGGUGGGCGGGCAGCCAGUCGUCGUCCCCUCCACCCCAACACGGGGCGUGGAGAUCUUACCCAGCGGCUCCUACACGGUGGUUUCUACGGAAUUUGGGUUGAGAGUCAAGUUUGACGGAGACCACCAAGUGGAAGUGUCGCUCCCCAGCACGUAUGAGGGCGAGGUCUGCGGCAUGUGUGGCAACUACAACGGGGAUCCUUCCGACGAUUUCCUCAACCCCCGUGGGGAACCAGAGCCUGACUCCACCAGCCUGGGCAACAGCUGGCAGGUGGCCAACCUCACCAGUUGCUCCUCAGGCUCCGCUCCUGUCUGCACGGAGGCCGAGAAAGACACAGCCGAGAGCAGCGGUUUCUGCGGACGGCUGACGGACACGAGCGGGCCGUUCAGACACUGCCAUAGCGCCUUGGACCCGACGGGGCAUUUUGCCAGCUGCCUUUAUGAUCAGUGCGCCUUGCACUUAGAUCCAGGCUCCCUCUGCAGGAGCUUGCAGUCCUACGCAGACGCCUGCCAGUCCCUGGGAAUUCCCAUAGAGCCCUGGAGGAACUCGACCUUUUGUCCCAUCCGAUGCGCGCUCCACAGCCACUAUGAGCCAUGCGCCAACGCCUGUCCAUCCACUUGCGUGAACCCAAGCGCUCCGGCCACCUGCAAUUGGCCGUGCACGGAAGCCUGCGUCUGCGACCCUGGGUUCUUCCUCAACGAUGGCACCUGUGUGCCCAGCCAGCAGUGUGGGUGCUGGCACCAGGGUAAGCAUUAUCCCGUGGGCUCCAGCUUUUGGACCGACGACACCUGCUCCACCAGAUGCACGUGCCCCAGUCGAGGUGGCCAGCUGAGCUGCUCCGGCGCUUCCUGCCCAAAAGAUCAUUACUGCGGAGUCCAAAACGGCGUCCCAGAGUGCUACCUUCAUACCUAUGGGGUCUGCCGCGUCCACAACGACCCUCAUUACAACACCUUUGACAAAAUGACCCACCACUUCAUGGGCAGCUGCACCUACACCCUGGUCAAGGUCUGCACCAAUGAGACCGGGCUGCCCUACUUUAACGUCGAGGCCAAGAACGAGCAUCGCGGGAAUCCCUCCGUGUCCUACGUUCAGCGGGUCCUGGUGGAGGUUUACGGGCAGCGGAUUGAAAUUCUCAAAGGACACAAGGGUCAAGUGCUGGUGAACAAAGUGCUUACCAGCCUUUCUGUGCGCAAGCUGAACGACUCGGUGAAAGUGGGCGUAAAUGGACGCUACGUGACCCUAGAAACUGAUUUCGGGCUGACGGUCUCUUACGACACAGAUCACUCGGUGGAAAUCAGGGUCCCCACCACCUUCUUCAACAAGACCUGCGGCAUGUGCGGGAACUUCAACAGCCGCAGGCAGGAUGACUACAUGAUGCCCAACGGAGAGCAAGCCGAGGAUUCCAAUCAGCUGGGAAAGAGCUGGCAAGUUCCCAAUGCGGAGUACGACCCCCCCAAUUGCAGGGACACACCACCGCCACCCCCUUGUCCCCCUGAGCUGAGAAAUCUCUAUGGGACAGAGGCCUACUGCGGACAACUUACCAGUAGCCAGGGACCGUUGGCAGCCUGCCACUCCGCAAUCAACCCCGAGAGCUUCUUCACCAGUUGCGUCUUUGACCUGUGUGCCUUGAAUGGGUCCCCGGAGGCCUUGUGUGGUGCUCUGGAGGCUUAUGCUGACGCCUGCCAGAGAGCUGGCUUGCAUCUUCCCAACUGGCGGAAUGCCACUUCCUGCAUGAUCCCUUGCGAUGCUCAUAGCCAUUACAACGUGUGCACCACUUCCUGCCCCGCCACCUGUUCCAGCCCACUGGCUCCAGGGAACUGCAGCAAGCCUUGCGUGGAGGGCUGCGAAUGCGACGAGGGUUUUGUCCUCAGCGAAGCACGGUGUGUGCCGCGGGAGGACUGCGGCUGCCUGGAUGGAGACCAAUAUUACGAGAAAGGAGAGACGUUCUGGCAGUCGGAUUGUCUCGGCCGAUGUCGCUGUGCAGAAAAUGGCAGCUUGGACUGUAAGCCGGACAGUUGCAAACCAGGCCAAGUCUGUAAAGUGCAGCAUGGCAUCCUGGGCUGCUACCCUGCAGACAAGGCCACCUGCCACAUCUACGGAGACCCCCACUAUGUCACCUUCGAUGGCCGACUCUACCAUUUCCAGGGUGGGUGCAAUUACACUGCAGUCGAAAUCUGCAGCAACUCCUCCGAGCGCUUCUCGGUGACGACUCGGAACGAACAUCGCGGGAGCCCGCACUGGACGGCUCUCAACUCGGUGGCCAUCUCGUUGAGAAACAUACACUUGGCUCUGAGGAAGAACAAGGAGGUCUACGUGAAUGGAGCCAAAGUUGAUCUUCCUCUGAAGCUACACCCAGAGCUUCGGGUGGAGGAGCAGCCUCCAUAUGUGGUUGUCGACAGCCCCCUUGGCUUUCUGGUGAAGUUUGAUGGAGAUCAGGAGCUGUUCAUCCAAGUGGACGAGAGAUACCAGGGACACCUAUGUGGGCUGUGUGGCACGUACUCGGGCAGCCAGCUGGAUGAUUUCCAACGGCCAGAUGGGAUCCUGGAUCACGAUCCCAACAAAUUUGGCAACAGCUGGAGAGUGGCAGAUGGCCAGUGGAGUUGUCUCCCAGAACCACCACCCCCACCCCACUGCGACCCUGCGCAAGAGGCAGCUUUCGAAGGUCUGUGCAGAGUGGUUCUGUCCACAAACGGGCCUUUUGCGGACUGCCAUUGGAGCAUCCCUCCUCAGCUGUACUUCGAGAGCUGCGUGUAUGACCAGUGUGCCACCGGGGGACAUACAGGGCAGUUGUGCAAAAGUCUGGAAGCAUAUGCCGCCGCCUGCGAAGGGAACGGCGUAGACCUCGGCGACUGGAGAAAGGAUACGGCUUGCGCAUGGAUUACUACCACCCCUGGAGAUUCUACCACCAGCCCGACCCCUCCCACACCAGGUGAGUCUCCUCAAAGCCAGGACAGAUCCGUUCUCCAGUUUUCCUCUUCCCUCUUUCCCAGAAUGAUGGUCCUCCUGUGCUUUGAGCUUGCCACCGAUUCGUGUUGGCUAAGGAGAGAGAAGUGCGGGGGACUGAGGAGCUCAGCUGUGGUUUGUGGGUCCAUGGGGCUCUUCUCCCUAAUUGCUGAUCCCACACACUCAGAAGCACUUUGUCUUUGUGGAGAGAUUGCUGUGGAGCUCUGGAGAGUUCUUGCCAAUGAGCGCGUGUCCUUGUGUGGACCUGCCAAAACGAACCACCUCGUUUUGGCAGCUUUGUGUGUUUCCCGUGUUGUCUGCACUGCCUCAGGUGACCCACAUUACACCACCUUUGAUGGCCGUGUCCACCAUUUCAUGGGCAACUGUACCUACACCUUGGCCAAAGUCUGCACCAAUUCCAGCAGUGGUCUGGGUGUCUUUGAUGUGUCUACCACCAACGAGCACCGGGGCUCCAACCAGGUUGUGUCCUACGUCAAUUCAGUGCACAUGGAGGUGUACGGAACCCGGGUGUCUUUGCUGAAGAACAGGAGAGUUAAUGUCAAUGGCACUCGGAGGAACCUGCCUGUGUUCAUUGGGGGCAACAAGAUUGUGGUGCAGAACAGCGGUGGCUACGUGUUCUUGGAAACAGACUUUGGCCUGGGCAUCCGCUUUGAUGGGAACCAAUAUGUGGAAGUCUCCCUGCCACCUGCAUACCAGGGACUGCUCUGUGGCCUGUGUGGUAAUUUCAAUGGGGAUCCAGGAGAUGACAAUCUAAAGCCUGAUGGACAACCUGCAGGAAGCUCUACCCACCUCGGAAACAGUUGGCUUGUCCCAGACAACACCAGCAAGUGUUCCAGCCCAUCAGAAUCAUGUGCCCCAGAGCUGGAGGAUGAAAUUCGGAGGGAUCCUGCUUGCAACCUGAUCACAGAUCCAACAGGCCCCUUCAGGCAGUGCCACGCUGUGGUGGACCCAGCCCAUUUCUUGGAGAACUGCAUUUAUGAUGCGUGCCUCACCCACGGGCAGCAGACCUCUGUCUGCCAUGGACUGCAAGCUUACGCUGCAUCGUGUUCCAAUGCUGGAGUGUGUGUGGAAUGGCGGAACGCCACCCUCUGUCCCGUCUCCUGCCCUGCCGGCAGCCAUUACAGCAGCUGUGGGAACCGGUGCGCUUCCAGCUGCAUCACACCCCUGGGGCGGCCCCCCUGCAGCCCUUUGCCUGCAGAUGGAUGCUUCUGUAACGAAGGGUUCGUCCUGAGCGGAGACAGAUGUGUUCCCAAGAGUGACUGCGGCUGUGUGGAUCACCAGCACAACUACUACCAGGCGGGUGUUUCUCCCCUGGGGCAGGGGGUGCUGGGAGAGAAUUGGUUCAUCAAUGAGCUCUGCAGUGAGCGAUGCACCUGUGGGCGCAACAAUACUAUCACGUGCACAUCAUGGCACUGUGGCGUGCAGGAGAAAUGUGUUGCUCAGGACGGAGUGCUGGGCUGCUACACCAAGAGCCAAGCAUCGUGCCACGUGGUUGGUGAUCCCCAUUAUUACACCUUUGACAAAGUCAUGCACACCUUCCUGGGCACCUGCCUGUAUACCCUGGUCACUGCCUGUGACAGCAGCAACAACUGCACCGUCACCCCCUUCAACAUCACUGGGAAGAAUGAAGACAGAGGCUUACGAGGAGCCACCUAUCUCCGGGAGGUCCACGUGGAUGUGUACGACAUCCGGAUCACACUCCAGAAAAACAAGAAGAUUCUGCUCAACAGGAUGAGAACCUACACACCAGUGGAAAGCCGCUCCCAACAAAACUCCGUGACAGUGGGGAAUGUUGGAAUUUACGUGGUGGUGGAAACUGACUUUGGGCUGAUGGUGAAAUACGAUGGGAAUCAGUACUUGGAGAUCAGCCUGCCAAGCUCCUACUUCUCUCAGGUGCGUGGCCUCUGUGGGAACUACAAUGGCCAAACAGAAGAUGAGCUGCUGAUGCCCAAUGGAUCCCAGGCCAAGAAUGUCACUCAGUUUGGGAACAGUUGGAAGGUGGAAGAUCCUGAUGACUCAGGCUGCCUGCCAGACACCCGUCCAGAACUGGGGCCGCCCUGCACCCAGGAAGCCCGACCAUCUGUGGAAGCACAGUGCCAUGUUCUGCAAUCCAGCGCCUUUGUCCCUUGCCACCGCCUGGUGCAGCCAGACCUCUUCAUCCAGACCUGUGUCUAUGACAUGUGCAAGUAUGAUGGGAUGCGUGCCACGCUGUGCGCUGUGGUGCAAGCCUAUACGGAUGCCUGCCAGGCCAAGGGAGUCACCAUCCAGUGGAGGAACAGCACUUUCUGCCCUCUGCCCUGCCCUCCCAACAGCUUUUACUCCAGCUGUGCUCCUGCCUGUCCCCCCACCUGCAACAAUAUUUUCGCCAGUGAGCUCUGCGAGAAGCCGCCCGGGCAGUGCCUGGAAGGCUGUGUCUGCAACGAGGGCUUCGUGCUCAGCGACGACCAGUGUGUGCCGCUGAGCCAGUGCGGCUGUCGGGACAAGGACGGCGGGUACCACAAGAUUGGAGAGAGCUGGCUCACCCCACACUGCAGCCAAAAGUGCCGCUGUCGCCGAGGGGGCACCAUCAAGUGCCAGGACUUUGGCUGUGAGCCUGGGGAGGUCUGUGAGUCCAAGAAGAAUGGGAAGUUACACUGCAAGCCAACAGGAUUUGGGAAGUGCUUGAUCACAGGAGACCCCCACUACAUGACCUUCGACGGCCUGCUGCACCACUUCCAAGGGCUGGACACCUACGUGCUCUCCCAGACCCGCCCUGGUGCCUCGGAACGCCUUGAGCCUUUCAGCGUUGAGGGGACCAACCGGUUGGUGGUCGGGGCCAGGGAGCCCUCGGUGCUGAAGGAGCUGCUGAUCCGGGUCUACAACCAUACGGUGCUCCUCAGGCAGAGAAGGAAGCUUGUGGUGGACGGAGUGGCAACUGUGCCCCCGGUGCGACCGCACGAAGGCCUUCGCAUCCAGCAGAGCGGAAGGCUGAUUUUCUUGGAGUCCGACUUUGGCCUCUCAGUCAGCUUUGACGGCUUGGAGAAUUCAGGCAUCCUGCUCCCCAACAGCUAUAGGAAGAACGUUGAGGGGCUCUGCAGCAACUUUGAUGGGAGAUACAAGAAUGACUUCACCACGCCAGAUGGCACCCUGGUCAAAGACGUGACCACCUUUGGGGAGAGCUGGCGAGUCCCUGUUGAAAGAGGACCUUCCCGUCUCAGGCGAGACCUCCUGUCAGAAGAACCCCUGGAGGAGGCCAAGCUGGACGAGUUGGACGUGGGGUUUGCCCUCCUUUGCUCCCAAGAGGACCUGCAGACCAUCAACAGCAGCUCCGCCUGUGGAGUCCUGGCAGACCCGAACGGGCCAUUCCGAGGGUGCUUCGCCCACGAGGCCCCCAGCCCCUUCCUACAGAGCUGCCUCUUCGACAUGUGCACCGAGGCCGACCGGGUCACUCGCCUGUGCCCCAUCCUGGAGCAGUAUGCCCAGGCCUGCCAGCGCAAGAACGUCUCCGUGGCCACCUGGAGGGCAGCGACGGGCUGCGCUCCCGACUGCCCGCCCCACAGCACGUACAGCCCGUGCAUGUCCGCCUGUCCCCCGUCGUGCUCCGACCUGGCUGCGCCUGCCGACUGCAGCUCCUCCCCCUGCCUGGAGGGCUGCGCGUGCGACCCCGGCUACGUCCUCAGCGGCUUCGACUGCGUGCCCUUCCGCAACUGCGGCUGCAGCUUCAUGGGCAACUACUACCAGGUCUGGCAACGCUUCAUGGCAGAUGACUGCAGCCUAGACUGCAUCUGCACGGACAGUUCCAGCGUCUCCUGCUCCCGGACAGCCUGUCCCCAAGACCUUCAUUGUGGGAUCUUCAACUUCACCCGUGGGUGCUACCGCAGCCUUGCCGAGCCCUGCCAGCCAAACCCUUGUUUGCAUAAUGGAACUUGCGUGCCUGAUGGCAGUCCAGAUGCCUUUCACUGUGUGUGUCCUGAGAAAUAUCAAGGAAAAAACUGUGAGAUUGAGGUUACGCCAGAAGGUAAAGCCCUUCCUCAGCCCCCCCCCCCCCAUAGUUUUAGCUGA